AUUGAUGUAAGAUUCAAGGACAGCAAAAGAGAGAAAACAAAAGCAGAUUCCUCUUGUAAAGUGGACAGACUAUGCUACUGGUGAUUGGCCUAAGUUGCCUGGUUGGACUGGGGGUCAUGGUGAUCCUGCUUGGUGUACUUUCCAGGUAUAUGUUUUUAACUAAGAGGCAGGCAGAGAACAGAAAUAGAGAUGAUGAAGAGGAGGAUGUUUUUGGAGACUUCUGGGAGUCCCAUCCUGGGGGUACACAGCUGAUCUACAAACCCUCUGCUCUUGCUAACUGGUUGCUGAGAGAUCUUCAACGUCAGUCAUUGCUACAAUCAACGGAUUGGUGGAUGAGGAAAUGGCCUCAUAUUCAGACAAUUAUUCAGAACUUGCUCCCGGCUGACAAGAUAUUGGAGUUGGCCCGGGAUCAUCUGCAGCUGGCUGAUGGCGGAAUAGUUGCCUUGGACUGGGUAGUUGGACCAAGAGGUAUUUUAGGAACUAGAAGAGGCACCAAUACAGCCGGAAGCCCACCGUUGCUCUUUAUCAUUCCAAACCCAUUUGGAAAGUUGACAAAAAACACUGAGCAAUUUUGCCUUCGGGCAUUAGAAAAAGGCUUUUACCCAGUAAUUUUUAAUAGGAGAGGGCAGAAUGGCUGCCCCUUGGUUACAGUGAAGCUCCAAGCUUUUGGGGAGCCAGCAGAUCUGAAAGAGGCUGUGAGUUAUGUACGUUUUAGGCACCCAUCCUCCUUGUUGUUUCUGAUCAGUGAAGGGUUAGGAUCAGGACUUCUGCUUUCCUACCUGGGGGAAUGUGGUUCCUCCAGCUACAUCACAGCGGCCUCAUGCAUUUCUCCAGUCUUUCGUUGCCAGGAAUGGUUUGAGACUGGGCUACCAUGGCUGUAUGACUGCCUCCUGCUUCUCUAUCAGAAAUUCCAUCUCAGUAGAUAUUCCACAGCCCUGGCAGAUGUUUUCCCCAUGGAGAGAGUUUUGAAGAGCAGUUCAUUACAGGAGCUCCACCAAGUACUAUUUUGCCAGUGCAAAGGUGAAAACAUUAGCUGGGAUGAAUAUUGGGAACACAAUGACCCCCUGCGGGACGUGGAUGAAGUUGCUGUGCCUGUCAUGUGCAUCUGUAGCACAGAUGAUCCCAUUCGAGGACCUGCUGAGAAGACGCUUCCCAUUGAGCUUUUCAGGACAAACCCAUAUUUUUUUUUGUCGCUGACGCAUUAUGGAGGACACUGUGGUUUUCUUACAAAGUCAGAUGUAUCGUGGAGCCACAAGGUUACUUUAGACUAUUUUAGCUCUAUAACAGAGUUCUUUCAGAUAGAAGAGAAAGCAAGUGUCCUGCCUAGAGGUCGCAGUUCUGUCACGAUAAACCGGCGAAGAAGAGAAACGCUGCAAAGGCGCGAUAGGUCUGUCACUGAUCUACAUGAAAUGUUUAGUUGGAAAAGGUCCUAUACCAGGUGACAUAUUAUAGUAAGAGACGGUAUGAUCCAACAAUAAACAGAAACGGGUUAAAAAGGAGACAAGCCUGACGCAUUACAUGCAUAAGCUAGAGAUUUGUCAUAAUAAAGAGCUGUCCAGCUUAGGCACACAAUUUGUCACCCUUCUCUCAUUUUUUGACAUAUUUAAACAAAUUGUGAGAUUAUACUGGUGUGUCUGCUUCCUAUAAAUAUUCCAAAAAUA